ACUACCAAAGUCGUUGAAAGUACAUUAACAUAUCCCUCUCAAAGGACAAUCCCACAUCUCAGAGAUAGAUAGAUCUUGUUCUUGUUCCAUUAUAACAUCAUGUCUUAUUCUUCUUUAUUACUAUAAACACCUCCCUCUCUCUCUCUUUCUUCAAAAUAGUAAGAAACAAAAAUGGCUGAAGAUCACUUCCUCAAGCAAAAGAAAUAUCCAUUCAUCUUAACUCUCUCUAUCUUACUCAUUUCAGUCACUUUCUUCCUUCUCACAACCACCACCACCACCUUCAACCCUCUUCUUUUCUAUUCUAAUAUCCAACACCCACACCAACCAAUUGCAAAACCACCCUUAGUCUUAGAUUCAGAUUCUACUACAGUUUCAGAAGAACUAAAACUACCCUCUAAGGAAGAAGAAUCUCCACAAAAGGAAGAAGCUCUCAAUAUUGAUUGGAAGCUAUGUAAGAAACCUGUGACGGUUGAUUAUAUACCAUGUUUGGAUAAUUAUAAAGCUAUUCAAGCUUUGAAAUCAAGGAGGCAUAUGGAACAUAGAGAAAGACAUUGUCCUGAUACUAGUUUGAACUGUUUGUUGCCUCUUCCUAAAGGGUAUAAAGUUCCAGUUCAUUGGCCUAAGAGUAGGGACAUGAUUUGGUACGAUAAUGUCCCUCAUCCAAAGCUAGUUGAGUACAAGAAAGACCAACAUUGGGUUGUGAAAUCUGGUGAAUAUCUAAUAUUUCCAGGAGGUGGUACUCAAUUCAAAGACGGAGUUGAUCAUUACAUUGAGUUCAUAGAAAAGACAUUAGCAAAAAUUCAAUGGGGAAAGCAUAUCAGGGUUGUUCUAGAUGUUGGAUGCGGCGUUGCUAGCUUUGGUGGCUAUCUGCUAGACAAAAAUGUAAUUACCAUGUCAUUUGCUCCAAAGGAUGAACACGAAGCCCAGAUACAGUUUGCUUUGGAGCGAGGAAUUCCCGCAACUCUUUCGGUAAUUGGAACACAAAAGUUGACUUUUCCUGACAAUGGUUUUGAUUUGAUUCAUUGCGCACGAUGCAGAGUUCACUGGGAUGCAGAUGGUGGGAAACCGUUAUACGAACUCAAUAGGAUUCUUAGACCUGGCGGUUACUUUGCAUGGUCUGCAACACCAGUUUAUCGUGAUGAUGAUCGAGAUCAGAAAGUAUGGAAAGCCAUGGUGGCUAUAACAAAAGCUAUGUGCUGGAAGGUUGUCGCUAAGGCCGACGAUUCAUCUGGAAUUGGGCUUGUUAUAUACCAGAAGCCUACUUCAUCUUCUUGUUAUGAGAAACGUACAGAGAACAAUCCACCUUUAUGUGAAAAUGCGGAUGGGAAAAAUAGCUCAUGGUAUGCCCGACUCAAUAGUUGCCUUACCCCUCUUCCGGUUGAUGGUAAGGGUAAACCACAGAGCUGGCCCAUGCCUUGGCCUCAGAGGCUUACUAGUAAGCCUCCUAGCUUACCUAAUGAUUCAGAUGCCACUGAUGAGUUCAACAAGGACAGCAACCGCUGGUCUCAACUAGUGUCAAAUGUUUAUGCUGACGGUCUUUCGAUAAAUUGGUCAAGUGUUCGAAAUGUAAUGGACAUGAAUGCUGGUUAUGCAGGAUUUGCCGCAUCUCUUAUUGAUAGACCAAUCUGGGUGAUGAAUGUAGUACCUAUUGAUGUCCCAGAUACCCUUUCUAUUAUAUUGGACCGAGGAUUAAUAGGAAUGUAUCAUGAUUGGUGCGAGUCCUUUAAUACCUAUCCGCGCACAUAUGACCUACUUCAUGCUAGCUUUCUUUUCAAAUAUCUUGAGCAAAGAUGCGGCCUUGUAGAUGUGAUCGUGGAGAUAGAUCGCAUAUUGAGACCAGAUGGAUAUCUUGUGAUUCAUGAUUCCAUGGAAAUGCUUAACAAACUCAGUCCAACCUUGCGUUCACUACACUGGUCUGUAAAGUUGCAUCAAAAUCAGUUUCUUGUCGGAAGGAAAAGUUUUUGGCGUCCCACAAGCUUAGGAAACUAAAUGCACUCAGGUCGAUGAACAUGAUGGUGCAUUCUUUCAAUUUCCCAUAUUUCAGUGUAUUAUAAAUCAAAAUUACAAGCAAAAUAUUGGAUUUUAAGAAAGGAAUGUUAAGUUAUUGAUAGGUAAUCUUGUAUGAGUGUGAAAUCUGUUGGUUAAAUAUAUAUUAUAGUAAAGUAUAGAGAAACUUGUUCCUUUUUCAAACCACACAAUCUGCAUGCUCUCCAAUAGUUAAAGUAAUUCUCAAUUUGUUCCUUCA